AUAUAUAUAUAUAUAUAUAUCUAUAUAAUGCAUUUUCCUUUUAUUUUCUAUUUCUCUCUCCAAUGAUGCUCCAUCGCCAAGCAAGCUCCGACCUCCGCCCCUGCAAAAAUGGCAAAUACAGAGCCCUAAUGCCUAUUCUCUGCGGAGCAUUCGCCCUAUUUAUCCUCACCACAGUCCCCUUUUCUUUUCCUCUCGAAUCCUCCUCCGCCGCCGCCGCCGCCGUCUUUCGCUCUCAAAUCUUCGCCUCCGGCAAUCUCUCCAUUCUCUCCGUCGUCCCCUGCGAUCUCGCCGUUGGCGAUUGGAUCCCCAAUCCGAACCCUAACGCCGCCCUCCCCUACACGAAUGAUACCUGCUGGGCGAUUCACGAGCAUCUGAACUGCCUCAAGUACGGCCGCCCUGUCGACGGCUUCCUCCGAUGGCGGUGGCGGCCGGACGGAUGCGAGCUGCCGGCGUUUAAUCCGGCGCAGUUCCUGGAGCUGAUGAGGCAUAAGGCGUUUGCGUUUGUGGGAGAUAAUAUUGCGAGGAAUCACGUUCAGUCUCUCAUCUGCCUUCUCUCUAAGCUGGAGUAUCCGAUCGACGUUUCACCCAGCCGAGACGAACACUUCAAGAGAUGGAAAUACAUGUCUUAUAACUUCACCAUGUCGUUUUUGUGGACAACCCAUUUGGUAAGAUCAGAAGAAUCAACAACAGGAGGCACCUACAAUCUAUAUUUGGAUGAGUUUGAUGAAUCAUGGACUUCCCAGAUGGGUGGAUUGGAUUACUUGGUGAUCUCUUCGGGCCAAUGGUUUCUCCAUCCUAUGUUUUUCCAUGAAAACCGACGAGUCGUCGGGUGCCAUGACUGCUUUCUCAACAAUGUCACUGAGCUCGGAAUCUACCAUGGCUAUAGGAAAGCCUUCAGAACAGCCUUCAAAGCCAUUUUGAGCUCAGAGAGCUACAAGGGUAUCACUUACAUGAGGAGUUUUUCACCAGCACACUUUGAGAAUGGGCUGUGGAAUCAAGGAGGGAACUGUUUGAGAACAGAGCCAUUUAGGAGCAAAGAUUCAGCAUUAGAAGGUAUGAACUUGGAGUUGUAUAUGACUCAAAUGGAGGAGUUUAGGAGAGCUGAGAGAGAAGGGAGGAAGAAGGGGCUUAAGUUCAGGUUGCUUGAUACAACACAGGCCAUGUGGCUAAGACCAGAUGGGCACCCAAGUAAGUAUGGUCAUUGGCCUGAAGAGAAUGUGAGUUUGUAUAAUGAUUGUGUUCAUUGGUGCCUGCCUGGUCCUAUUGACAUUUGGAGUGAUUUCUUGCUUCAUAUGCUGAAAAUGGAGGGUAUCAGAUCAGCUCAGGAGAGAGUUCAAUAUGAUCAUGAAACAGAAUUGAAUCAAAGAUGAAUUUCUUAUAUACUGCAUUUUGAUUUCUCUUGUUUGUUUUGGUUUUAGUUUUGAUUCUUUAUUUUAUUACAUUCACAGCUGUUCAUCUGUAUUACUCCACCUAUUAAAUGAAGGAACGAAUACAAUUUGCAUCA